AUGGCUCCCCUUCGCCCUAGUGCCCCGCGGUUGGCAGCACGUAUAGCACCGGCAGUGCUGAAGCCAACAACACAAACCACCGUCAGCGCUCGCGCCUAUGCUGCCGUCGGCGCUGAGCAGCCCCCAUGGACGAGAUCGACAUUCCCUACUGCUGCCCCGGCUCCUGCAAGCAGCUCCGGACUGAAGGGUAACAAGGUUCUGCGCGACGCGGUGGCAGCAACAGCCCCGCGCAACACCUGGACCAGGGAAGAGAUCUCAGCAAUCUAUAAUGAACCUCUCACGGAGCUGGUACACCAAGCUAGCGUCUUUCAUCGCCGCUUCCACGAUCCUUCAGAGGUUCAAUUAUGUACCUUGAUGAACAUCAAGACGGGUGGCUGUACCGAGGAUUGCAAAUACUGUGCGCAAUCCACCCGGUACCAAAAGGGCACGGGUCUGCAGGCAAAAAAGGUCGAGACCGUCGAGUCGGUUCUGGCCGCCGCUCGCGUGGCCAAGGAGAAUGGCAGCACCCGCUUCUGCAUGGGCGCCGCGUGGAGGGACAUGCGCGGAAGAAAGAACAGUCUCAAGAACGUCAUUGCCAUGAUCCAGGGCGUCCGGGGCAUGGGCAUGGAGGCCUGCGUGACGCUAGGCAUGAUUGACCAGCAGCAGGCCCACGAGCUCAAGGCUGCCGGUCUGACGGCCUACAACCACAACGUCGACACCAGCCGCGAGUUUUACCCCUCGGUCAUCUCGACGCGCACAUACGACGAGAGGCUACGCACCCUGGGCUUCGUGCGCGGAGCUGGCAUCAAUGUCUGUUCCGGCGGCAUUCUGGGUCUCGGAGAGACCAACACUGACCGGGUCGGAUUGCUGCACACGGUUUCGACGUUGCCGUCUCACCCAGAGAGUUUCCCCGUCAACGCUCUGGUCCCAAUCAAGGGCACACCCCUCGGCGAGCAGGAAUCGGUCAAGUUCCCCGAUAUGCUCCGAACCAUUGCCACGGCGCGAAUCCUGAUGCCAACGACCAUUAUCCGCAUUGCUGCAGGCCGAAAGACCAUGUCAGAGGAGAAGCAGGCCAUGUGCUUCAUGGCUGGUGCCAAUGCCAUAUUCACGGGAGAGAAGAUGUUGACGACCGAGUGCAACGGCUACGAUGAGGACAAGCAAAUGUUUGACACGUGGGGCUUUGUCCCUAUGAAGAGCCACCAAAAGUCGCCGCCGAAAUCGGCGGCUUGA